AUGGAAGCCCCCAAUCGUAAUCCCGACCAGAAGCAGCCUUUGUUGCCAGCCAAGCCCGCUCCUGAUGCAGUGUCCAUACCAGUAAAUCGCCGUGUCCUGCCGGAUUUUCUCCAGAGUGUUAAUUUAAGCCAUGUGAAGCUGGGUUACCAUUACCUUAUCACUCAUGGCGUGCCCCUGUUGCUCAUUCCCCUCUUCAUCUCCGUCGGUGUUGAGGUCCUUCGGAUGCGGCCCGACGAUCUUCUCCAACUCUGGCAGCACUUGCAGUUGAAUCUGGUCAGCGUGGUCGGGUGCUGUGCUGCAGUUGUUUUUGGCGCUACGGUGUUCAUUCUCUCCCGUCCCCGCCCCCUGUAUCUCGUCGAUUUCGCUUGUUACCGCCCUCCUGACCAUCUCAAGGUCUCGCUGGAGACCUUCAUGAAAUACUCGAGCGAAUCAGGCGUAUUUGACCAGGCGAGUCUCGAGUUCCAGCGCAAGAUCGUCACACGGUCAGGGCUCGGCCAGGACACGUGUUUGCCUCCCGGGCUUCACGAGAAUCCUCCAUACCCAUCUCUCGCCGGGUCUCGUUUGGAAGCAGAAAUGGUCAUGUUCGCGUGCCUGGAUGAGCUCUUUAAGAAGACUGGCGUGAAGCCUCGUGAUGUUGGAGUUCUCGUGGUGAACUGUAGCGUGUUUUGCCCAACGCCGUCUAUGUCCGCGGCCAUCAUCAACAAGUACGCUAUGCGUGGUGAUAUCCGGUCCUUCAAUCUCGGUGGCAUGGGCUGCAGUGCUGGUGUGAUCUCGGUUGAUCUCGCGAAGGAUCUUCUCCAAGUUCAUGGUUCCACGUAUGCUGUUGUCAUGAGCAUGGAGACUCUUACGCCUGAGUGGUAUUUCGGCAAGGAUCGCUCGAUGCUCAUCCCCAACUGCAUCUUCCGUAUGGGCGGCGCCGCCAUGCUUCUGUCCAACAAGAGUAAAGAUCGCCGCCGCUCGAAGUAUGAGUUGACUCACACGGUCCGCACGCACAUGGGUGCGGAUAACAAGAGCUACCGGUGCGUGUACCAGCAGGAGGACGACGAAGGAAAGAUCGGGGUCUCUCUUUCCAGCGAUCUCAUGGCUAUUGCAGGGAAUGCCCUCAAGACUAACAUUACAACUCUCGGCCCGCUCGUGCUGCCACUUUCGGAGCAGCUGCUCUUCUUCGCCGUGCUCAUGGCUCGCAAGCUGUUCCGUGUGAAGAUGAAGCCGUACAUCCCAGACUUCAAGCUCGCCUUCGAACACUUCUGCAUCCACGCUGGCGGCAGAGCUGUAUUGGAUGAGCUGGAGAAAAACUUGCAGCUGAAGAAGCACCAGCUAGAGCCCUCGCGGAUGACCCUCUAUCGCUUCGGCAACACCUCAUCCUCCUCCAUUUGGUACGAGCUGUCGUAUGCUGAAGCUAAGGGACGCGUGCGACGGGGUGACCGCGUGUGGCAGAUCGCGUUCGGCAGCGGAUUCAAAUGCAACACUGCCGACAGAACUUGUGCAGUUUUAAGAUAA